UCAUUUAUCAGUGCUAUGAUCACUGCUUGUUGCAAACAAUGUGAAAGUAGUAGGAUUUGACAGGACUAUUCCUUGUAGAGGUUAAAGCCAUGGCAUCCAUGGAAUCACCACAGACCAGCAAUGCUGACCCUCCAUCAGACUGCAUUAUACCUGGAGGCACCAAAUUGCUAACCAACAUACCCGAUCUUUUCAUGAUACCUGAACUUGUUUUCGGUGCGUUAGUCUGGAUCCUUGUGGCUUCUAUCAACGUUGCCGACAAGAACAGCCAAGGCUGGGUGAUAUUUGUCUCCCUCCUCCUCUUUGUGUUGACUCUGCUCCUGCUGAUCUGCUAUUUCUUUGGAUGGCCUCGGAAUUCCACAGCCUGGUGUUUCUUGGAUGCUUGCUAUCAUGGUAUUGCAGCUCUCUUUUAUUUCAGUGCUGCGGUUCUGCAAGCGAAUUCAACAGUACGUCUCCAAAGUUUCAAUAACAAGGUGUACAAAACUGAUAUUGCAGCAACGAUAUUUGCAUUUGCAGCCACUGUGCUCUAUGUUGCUCAUGCCAUGUUCUCAUUCAAAAGGUGGAAAUCAGUGUAACUGUUUCCGAGCUGGAUGGAAAGUGAAUGUUGAACUUGUGGAGACAUCUCUCAGAAAGUCGAUUUGUCUCCAUUCAACAUAUAUCACGACCACGCAACUGUGUAUUGAAAAUGGGGUGGUAAUUCUGUUCGCUGCAGUGUAAGCUUAUUUUAAUCUUCCUGUAUUUUUCCACUAUUUCUGUUCCCUGCAUCCCAGCCACUUCUCCCCCGACCCAUACUGCCCAUUGUGACAGAUUGUUCAACUGUCGAGAGUUUUGAGGUAAUUACGGAUGGGAAAAGGAAUUCAGUCCCAAAUCCAUCUCAACUCAGAUCAACAGAAGAGCAUACUGUCAAUAUAUGUUCAAGUGGGGUUCGAGGGUUCGAGCUAUAGGGAGAGGUUGAGAGUGCAGUGGGGCAGUUGGGGCUAUUUUCCCUGGAGUGAUGGUGGCUGAAGGGUGACCUUAUAGAGGUUUAUGAAAUCACGAGGGGCAAGGAUGUAGGUGAAUAGCCAAGAUCUUUAUCACAGGGUAAGGGAGUCCAAAACUAGAGGGCUUGGGUUUAAGGUGAGAGGGGAAAGAUUUAAAAGGUGCGUAGGGGGAAACUUUCACACAGAGGGUGUGCACAUAUGGAAUGAGCUACUAGAGGAAGUGGCGGGGACUGACACAAUUAUAACAUUUAAAAGGCAUCCGGAUUGGUAUACAAACAGGAAGGGUUUAGAGGGAUAUGGGCCAAAUGCUGGCACAUGGGACUAGAUUAAUUUAGGAUAUCUGAUUGAUGUGGACAAGUUGGACCAGGGGUUGGUAUAACUCUAUGACUCUAUGAUCUAUGACCAAGGCAAUUAACAUGGCUUGCCUGAAUCCCUCUACCACAUGUCGGUGUGAUAUAAAACCUGGCACAUCUCUCCCUGGACAUAGGGGGCUGGUUAUACACGGGUACAGUCACCCAGCCCUCCCUUAAUUGCCCUGCCUUCCAAAAUUCGGAAGCACAAUUCAAGACAAAAGGAACAUUCAAAAUUUCUCCUGUCAAACCCUGAUGGAUUGUGCACUGCGUAAGAUUUUCUUUCAUCCAACAUUCAGUGAACAAUUAAUCUGUUCUGUCUGUCAGUCCCAAACUUUGACCAACUUGGCAAACCUGAAGCAAAACACUGAGGAUGCUGGAACUCUGAAAUCAAACCAGAAAAUGCUCGAGAUGCUCAGCAUGUCUGGCAGCACCCAUUUCUUGAACUGCUCUGUUAACUACAUUUCUCACUCUUUGAAGAAGCUGCCAGGCCUGCUGAAUAUUUCCAGCAUUUUCUGGUUUUAUCAUCAAUUUAUGAAAUGUAAUUGUAUGGAAGUGGUGUGAAAUGUAACCACUCAGCUUCAGCCCUCAACUGAGAAUGUAAACUACACUGAAUACAGUAAAAUGUGAAAAACUGAA